GCAAUGCCACAAUGACAGUAAGUGGCUGGGCCGGGAACUGGGUGCCCCGUGAUUUUCUCCACUUGAAGAGCCCGAAUCUAUGGAGUGUUUGGCACUUGGAGAAACAGGGAGACAGCUGGGGCAUCACACGUACAGGGCGGAAGGCGCGAGAAGGAGGCGCGCCAGACGGAGGGUCGUUCCUCGUUAGCUCCACUCGGUGGCUUCUUUUCCAUCACCACAACCGCGAGGAGGAACCUGCCGGGCCUUCCCUGCGGCUAGUCCCCUGCCUGAUAACGAGCCCGCUGCCAUUUGGAUUUGCUGAAUUCCCGAAUCACUCGAAACGCCUGACAGUCCCGAGGAGGGUGGGGACGCGGAGCGCUGGGGUGGAAGCCCCAGCCCGGAGAGGAAUCGGGGCUGGAUGUCACCCCCUUGAGUCUGGGAAACCUGCUCACGGAUGUGAUGCGGCGACGCAGGGACACCUGCGCUCCCCUGCGUGCCUCACUCGUGCAGCUCCGGGUGGCAAACGGGGGUUCAGCCCCAGCGCUCGCUCAGCCGCCGGGAGCACCCGGACGGACGGGAGGCAGCUGCGCGGCCCAGAGCUGGGCACCGUCCCCAGCCGCCAUGGAUAGCGACGACGAGAUGGUGGAGGAGGCGGUGGAAGGGCACCUGGAUGAUGAUGGAUUGCCACACGGAUUCUGCACAGUCACCUACUCCUCCACGGACAGAUUCGAGGGGAACUUUGUUCACGGAGAGAAGAAUGGACGAGGAAAGUUCUUCUUCUUUGAUGGCAGCACCCUGGAGGGAUAUUAUGUGGACGAUGCCCUACAGGGCCAGGGCGUGUACACUUACGAGGACGGAGGCGUUCUCCAGGGCACGUAUGUAGAUGGAGAGUUGAAUGGUCCCGCCCAGGAAUACGACACGGAUGGGAGACUGAUCUUCAAGGGGCAAUACAAAGAUAACAUUCGGCAUGGAGUCUGCUGGAUAUACUACCCAGAUGGAGGCAGCCUUGUGGGAGAAGUAAAUGAAGACGGGGAGAUGACAGGCGAGAAGAUAGCGUAUGUGUACCCUGACGAGAGGACCGCACUUUAUGGAAAAUUCAUCGAUGGAGAGAUGAUAGAGGGAAAGCUGGCUACCCUUAUGUCCACUGAAGAAGGAAGGCCUCACUUUGAACUGAUGCCUGGAAGUUCGGUGUACCACUUUGAUAAAUCGACUUCAUCUUGCAUUUCUACCAAUGCUCUUCUUCCAGAUCCAUAUGAAUCAGAGAGGGUUUAUGUUGCUGAAUCUCUCAUUUCCAGUGCUGGAGAAGGACUGUUUUCCAAGGUAGCAGUGGGACCUAAUACUGUUAUAUCUUUUUAUAAUGGAGUUCGAAUUACACACCAAGAGGUUGACAGCAGGGACUGGGCCCUUAAUGGGAAUACCCUCUCCCUCGAUGAAGAGACGGUCAUUGAUGUGCCUGAGCCCUACAACCAUGUAUCCAAGUACUGUGCCUCCUUGGGACACAAGGCAAAUCACUCCUUCACUCCAAACUGCGUCUAUGACAUGUUUGUCCACCCCCGCUUUGGGCCCAUCAAAUGCAUCCGCACACUCCGAGCUGUGGAGGCUGAUGAGGAACUCACCGUUGCCUACGGCUAUGACCACAGUCCCCCGGGGAAGAGUGGGCCUGAAGCCCCUGAGUGGUACCAGGUGGAGCUAAAGGCCUUCCAGGCCACCCAGCAGAAGUGAAAGGCUCAGCCCUGGGCUUCAGAGACCUGGAAUAGAAACUUGGAUCUAUGCACUACGUUUUCCGACAACGGGACAACCAGGGACUGCUCAUGCUGUGACAUCACAUCCUCUCACGCUGCGUUAGCAACGACUUUCUCGCAUACUAACUAGGCUUGACUGUAUUACUCAUACCAGAUUUAAAAUUAGCUAGCCUUGCAACAACGUCCUACUGAGAGGUAUUGUCGAACACUUGACACAGCAUGAUGUUCUUGGGUGGUUCAAGUCUAAAUCUGUACCACACUCAGAGAUGCCAAAUGAUUAGACUGAAAAAGGGAAAGGGGGCUUUUCAGUCAUUUUUAGCCAGUGGUUUUUCCAUGAUGUUUUUUCCUACGGCCAACACCAGGUGUGUUUUCACACUUGGUGUAUGUGCCGUAUGGAGGAUAGAGAAUUACUACAUUUUUAUUCUCUAAAUGUAGUAUAAUUUGCCUUUUAACCUUUGAUCUGUAUCUUGCAAUAGAAUGGCUUUGGUUUUUUUUUUUCCUAGCGAACAGAACCCCACUUUUUGAGUCAUUUCACCCCUCAGUCUCAUUCUCUAUCUUAGCUAUAUCUUUUAUAAGAGAAAACUUCCAAAUGGAUUUCGUGUCCGUGCCAGUGCGUAGGUCUCUCUGGCUCUUUCUAUAUCAUUGUUUCAUUAUUAUGUCCUAAUAUAAAGAACUGGCUCAUAGGGCCAGGGUAUUAUUAUAGAAUUAUUAUUCUCGCAUGUAAACAAAGAUACCUUUGCUUUAAGAUGUGAGAAGAGAUGAGUUUACGUUGUUUGCGUUAAGUUAUGGAAGAGUUGUAAUAUAUACUUUAAGAAAGGAGAGAGGGAAAUUAGUACUUCUAAGCAGUAACUGUGGCAAUUUUGCAAUAUCUUUAAUAGUACUAGUAAUUUCUUCUCCUCGGGUACACUUUAAAUGUACAUAACAUAGAGCAGUCUGGCUUGUGGUACAGUGCAUCGAAUUCAAAAGUCAAAUAACAAACUAGAAUUCUAACACAGAAUUCAAAAGUUGAUUUUUUUUUUUAAUUGCUACUGUUAAGAGAGACAUACUGAUCACUAGGUACAAAUCUAAACCUUAAUACUAAAACUCUUCAUUAUUGUAACUUCAAAGCACUUACCUGCUUCAAAGCAUUGUGAAUUAAGAGUAAUACCUGUAUAGUUUAAAAGCAAUGAUAUCAAUAGCAUUUCAGCGAUUUUGCGAGCCAUGUGUAACCACAAGUGCAGAAAUAAGGAGAAAACCCCUGUUUUUUUAGUUUAGCUAGUUAGGUAUGUAACGUAUCUGGGAUCGCUCUGAAUGAAUUCGGAGAGUUCUGGGCUUUUGCCAGCGCCCUCACCACGUGCCCUAGCCAUGUCUUGUUCAGAUGCCUCCACAAGGCAGCUGGAAAGUUCUGGAGAGCAGCGGUGGUUCUGAAAUGCAGCCGCUGGUGGUGGCACCUGUCACCUGAGCCGGUUUGGUCUUGAGAGCGAAAGCCUUCCAAGCCAGUGGCGGAGCUCUGGCUGAGCACGGAUUGCUUGGUAGCGGUGAGAGGAGUAAAGAAACAGGACAGAAUUUGCUCCUUCUUGUCAGGUGCACGUUGUUCUUAGGAAGAAGUUAGCAAAAGUGCUCCAUCCAGCGCUGUUCACAACUUUCAGUUCAGGCGGCCCCUGGACACAGGAUUCAGCCCUCAAACAGUGACAGAAGGGGCCCCUCCCUCCUUUGCAGGGCCCAGCAUCCUGGAGCUCCCCCCCCCCCCCCCGCCGCCCCAGCAGUGCCAGGGCACGUGGCCAGUGCAAGGCGUGCACCCAGGUGGCAGUGGUUUCAGGGAGGAUGAGCUGAGUGUUCACAGGUGAGAAGUGGUCAGGGCUGCCAGAAAGAUCUCCCGCAAAAGGAACCAAUAGGGUUUUUAGAUGAAAACGCAGCAGGAUAGGAUAGCUUCUUCUCUGUAGAAAGAGACCAUUCUGUAGACAGCGACAGAGGGACAGUCUCGGGACUUGUAUUGUGACGGGUGCUUUAAUUCAAAUGCGUCCCAAAGUCAGUGACUGUCUUCAGGAGAAAGAUGGCUCUACUUGGCCCUCGGCCAGUUGAGCUGUAGAGCCAGGUCAGCGAGCGAGUCAGGAUGGAGCCGGUCACACUUCCAACACAGCUGUGCCUCGGAGUGACGUCAUUCCCGGGGACAAUGUCAUUCUUGCUGAGGCUGCAGUGGGGGUGUAAUCUCUGACCUGAUGGGUUAUUGGAACUACCCCACUCAAAUGGAAUCUUUUUUUCUUCCUUUCUUUCCUUUGAUAUAAGGCAUUGAAGAGUUGUAAGGAGUACCAGCUAACCCAUUUUUCAAAUUAGAUAUGUAAUGACAACCCUCAGUUUAAAACCCAGCAGUAUGUCUGUGACCUUCAGACAAAUCGGGGGAAACAGUAAGUACACCCAAGCCUCUCUCUCUCUCUCUCUCUCUCUCGUUCUUUUCCGUCCUCUCCCUCCCUGUUCUGAGCGUCUCUCCUUUCUUGCGAGGCCCUCCGUGCGUACCUCUGGCCAUUUACUCUGCGUCUCUGCCUGGCUUUGUCGCUCCUGCUCUCCCACGACACCCCCCCCCCCACCAAACCCCACUCCCAAAUGGAAGGCUUUGUCAUGGACUGGAAUCAGAGGGGGGUUGAGGUUCACUGUGUUCUGUAGGUAGGUAAAGAAGUCGUGGUGGUUUGAGGUACCAUAAGGAAUUAACGGGUGAGAAAGGAACGUGUUUGUUCCUUAUUCGAGCCGAAGUGUGACAGGGAAAGCCUCGGGAUGUAUUUCUCUACUGAAUCUUUACAUCCACGGUGGAAGGAAACAUGUCAGGAAGCAGCCAAAUCUGGUAGUUUUGGUCGCAUCAUGACCACAGCAGAAUUGUGGAAGAUUCCAUGCGGUGGGGAAUAAAGAAAUAACUUUGUGCUCUCCCAAAACACGCUGGCACCCGUGAGGGUACGUCUGGAGGAGAUUCACUCAGAGCUGUCUCGGUCCAACUCCUGCAUGACUAGAUCUUUCCUUAGCAGCUUUUCUAGGACAAAAUACUAUCUUGUGUUAGAGUUAGGAAUAGGAACUAAUCUGUAGGAGUAUGUCCCACAUGGACAUUUGAACGGACUAACAAGACAACGGUAAGGACUGAGUUUCCGACACAAAGGAACGAUGACAUUAAGAGGCAACAGGCAGGGAGGGCUUGAGUUUCGUAGUACCUAUUCUUAUUUUAACCUGCUUCAUCCCUGGUCUACCUGAGAAACAAAGAAGGAAGUUCGUUUUUCAAGACCUCUUUAAACCUGUCCGGGGCUGUAGUUAAAUGUAUUUGCCUUCCGCGGUUUCUUCACACUUGAAAAACUAUUUCCUUACCACCAACAACCUGGAAAGGCCAACGUGGAAGCAAAAGUGUAACCAUUUACAACAUUUAAUUGUAACUAUUAAAAUGGCAGUAACUGUAAACAGUGAAUUCAAGGGUUGCCUUCUCAGUGAGACAGUAUGUGGCACUUUAUAGAAACUUUCCUUUAAUAUAUAAAAUUUUAAAUCACUCACUACAAAGUGCAUUUAAGAUCUUCCAAGAAAGUAUAGUUUUCUGUUUUGCCUUGUUUUAAAACAGUUGCCUCAAGUUUCUGUCUUAAGAGUAGUGAUUUAGAAUCCAGACAUCUUUUUUUUUUUUUUUAGAAAAACAAGCAAAACUAUGUUGCAAGACUGAUAGUUGUAAUGUUUAUUUGCCACAGAUCAAAGGUUCACAAAAUAUAUUAAAUUUACAUCUACUUGA